AUGGCUCUGUCCCUGGCCGGCGAGUCGGCCCCCGGAGACGGCGGAGACGCGCUGGGGAUGAGCCCCGCCAGCCUCGCUGCCUACUACCCCUCUUUCCUCCCUCCCGCCCAGUACUUCGAGGCGGCCCCCGACUUCUUCCAGCCCCUGAAAUCCCUGGGCGGGCUGGUCCCCGCCUCCCCGCCUCUGCCCCCCUUCAGCUUCAGCAGGGUCCCCGCUUUCCUGAGCCAGCCGCCCCCCCCGGGCUCGCCCCCGCCGCCGUACCCGAGCCCCCAGCGCAGGGCUGCCCGCAGCCCGGGGGCCGGCGGGCCGGCGGGGCAGAGCUACAGGUACCACUUCACCGAGGAGGAGCUCAACGCGGUGCUGUACGGGGCGCUCCGGAGCAGCCACCUGGCCGGGAGCCUCCACGCCAUCUCGGGGCUCCGGGUGCCCCCCGCCAGCCCGGGUAAGGGGGUCUGCGGUGCUGCGGACUCCUCCUCCGCCCCGCUGCUCGACAGGGACUCGCUGCAGCUGCCCGAAGGGCUCUCGGUGCUGCGGGUGGCGUACGGGGACGUGUCUCAGCUCGGAGUCUUCUGCACGGACCCCAUCCCCAAAGGAGUCCGCUUCGGCCCUUUCCAAGGCAAAGUGGUCAACACCAGCGAGAUCAAGACUUACGACGACAACUCGCUGAUGUGGGAGAUCUUUGAAUACGGGCGCCUGAGCCACUUCAUAGACGGGAAGGGCGCCUCUGGCAACUGGAUGUCCCUGGUGAACUGCGCCAGGUUCCCCGAGGAGCAGAAUUUGACGGCUAUCCAGUGCCAGGGGCAAAUCUUUUACGAGAGCUGCAAGGAAAUCUUACCGAAGCAGGAGCUGCUGGUGUGGUACGGCGAUUGCUACGUGCAGUUCCUGGGCAUCCCCAUCAGCCUGAAAGGCAUGCCGGAGGGGAAGAGACCCCCGCAGCACCCCGAAGAAGCCGGGGAGAGCUUUAAGUGUGAGCGCUGCGGCAAGGUUUUUGCCUACAAGUACUACCGGGACAAGCACCUCAAGUACACUCGCUGCGUGGACCAGGGGGACCGCAAAUUUCCUUGUCACCUCUGUAACCGAUCCUUUGAAAAAAGAGACAGGCUGAGGAUCCAUAUUCUCCACGUUCACGAAAAGCACAGACCUCACAAGUGCUCAGUGUGUGGGAAAAGCUUUUCUCAGUCUUCCAGUCUGAACAAACACAUGAGGGUUCACUCCGGGGAGCGCCCCUACAAAUGUGUCUACUGCAACAAGGCAUUCACGGCAUCCAGCAUCCUGCGCACUCACAUCCGCCAGCACUCGGGGGAGAAGCCCUUCAAGUGCAAGCACUGCGGCAAAGCCUUCGCCUCGCACGCAGCCCACGACAGCCACGUGCGGCGCACGCACAGCAAGGAGAAGGGCUGCACUUGCUCGGUGUGCGGCCAGCACUUCCCGGAGCAGGAGGAUUACCACUUCCACAUGAAGAUUCAUGCCGCUCAUUAG